AGUCCGUCUGUCCAUCCAUCCCCCCAGGACCAGUUCGACAUCAUUGAACAUCACACCCAGUGGGGUCUCGACCUGGCUGAGAAGUACAUCAAGUUCGUCAAGGAGCGGACAGAGAUCGAGCAGGCCUAUGCCAAGCAGUUGAGGAGCCUGGUGAAAAAAUAUCUGCCCAAGCGCAAUGUGAGAGAGGAUCUGGAAGCCAAGUUUUGCCAAUACCAGGCUUUCCUGCAGGUGGUGAAGGAGCUGAAUGACCUGGCUGGGCAGAGGGAGGUGGUGGCUGAGAACCUCACGACGUGCAUCUGUGUGGAGCUCUCCAAGUACAUCCAGGAGCUCAAGCAGGAGAGGAAAGCGCACUUCCAGGAGGGGCGACGUGCCCAGCAGCAGCUGGAGAACUCCUUCAAGCUCUUGGAUAAUAGCAAGAGGAAGUUUGAGCGUGACUGCCGGGAGGCAGAGAAGGCACUGCUUACGGCUGAGCGUCUGGACCAGGACAUCAAUGCCACCAAGGCCGAUGUGGAGAAGGCCAAGCAGCAAGCUCAUGUGCGGGGCCACAUGGCAGAGGAGAGCAAGAAUGAGUACGCUGCCUGCCUGCAGCACUUCAACCAGGACCAGAGCCGCUUCUAUUUCCUGGAGAUGCCCCAGAUCUUCAAUAAGCUGCAGGAGAUGGAUGAGCGGCGGACAGCACGGCUGCGUGAGGGCUAUGGGCUGUUCUCGGAGACGGAGCGGCAGGUGAUGCCCAUCGUGGGCAAGUGUCUGGAAGGCAUGAAGGUGGCUGCUGAGGCCGUGGAUGAGAAGAGUGACUCCCAGCUGCUGAUUGAGCUGCACAAGUCUGGCUUUGAGCGCCCAGGAGACGUGGAGUUUGAGGACUUCAGCCAGCCCAUGAACCGUGCCUCGUCCGACAGCAGCCUGGGCACCCCACGUGGCCCCUCAGAUGUCCGGCUGGACCCUCGCCUGCUGGGCAAGAACAAGGCCAAGCGCUGGCCUUUCAGCAAAAAGAACAAGCCCCCACCCCACUCUCUGGCCAGCUCCCCCCUCCCUCCUCUGGCCCCAUUGGCUCCCAACGGAUCUCGCUCCCCCAAAUUCGCCCGCGACCCGCUGUCUUACUGUCUGAACGAGAUCAAUAAGACAGUGAAGCCCUGCGUCGCCUCCUUGCGCAGCCUCAGGUGGGCGCCCGUGAUCACUGAGGACUUCAGCCACCUGCCCCCGGAGCAGCGGAGGAAGAAGCUGCAGCAGAAGAUCGAGGACAGGAACCGGGAGCUGCAGAAGGAGAUCGACCAGAGGGAUGCCUUGAACAAGAUGAAGGACGUGUACCAGAAGACACCACAGAUGGGUGACCCUGCCAGCUUGGAGCCCAAGAUUGCUGAGACCCUCAGCACCAUUGAGAAGCUGCGGCUGGAGAUCCAGAAAUAUGAGUCGUGGCUGGCUGAUGCUGAGGGCCGAGCUCUGAGCAACCGCCCAGACAAUGCACCCCGUGGUGGGCGCCAGCUGGACCCCGCCAGUGCCAUCAACAACAAUGUCAGCUCCCAUGACAAAGACAGCCCUGAUGCACCCCACUCUGAGGACGGGACAGACACCCUGAACCAGCCCAUCUACACUGAGUUCGAUGAUGACUUCGAAGAGGAGCUGGUGUCACCCAUUGGCUCCUGUGUAGCCAUGUACCGCUUUGAAGGCUCCAGUGAGGGUACCAUCUCCAUGGCAGAGGGUGAGGAGCUGAGCUUGGUGGAGGAGGACAAGGGCGAUGGCUGGACCCGGGUGCGCCGUGGCCCUGGUGACGAGGGCUAUGUGCCCACCUCCUACCUGCGCCUCAGCCUGCACUGAGCACCGGCUGGCUGGGGGGUGGAGGGGGCAACCAGCAGGAAGUGCUGCCUCCCCAGGCCCUGGGGCGGGGGCAUACUGGGGGCAUCAGCCUGAGAUCAGGGCUGGGGGCUUUGCCCAUCAGAUCUUCCAUGGGGGUGGUGGGGGAGGGGAGAAUCCUGCCCUCUCCAAGCCAAGACUCCAGUGGGGGGGUUCAUCUGCUCCCCUCUUUGCUGUCAGCCUCAUGGGGGGGGGUGCAGUGUUCCUGGUGCCCACAAAGGGGCGGGCUUCCUGCUCCUUUCUGCAAUGGGGGCUGCUAUCCCCUACCCCACUCCUGUUUCCCCAUUUGGGGGUAACAGGCCCCUUUUUGCCUCCCCCCCUGGGGCAAGUGGGGAGCAGAAGGGCACAGGGAGGCAGAAGACAGCUCCCCUCACAUAGCAAACCAUUGGCAUCUGCUGCUCCCUCUGGUAUUUGAACCCGGGGCCUUGGGGAUUUGAAUGCCUGGUCACCACCCGGGACAAAUAGCAUCAACUGUUCUCUGGGAGUAGCUCUAAAACCUUGCUGGUGGUGGGGUGGGUUGGGGACAUUUUGCCUCCAAAUGCUUCCCCCUUCUGUUUUCAUUUACCCCUGAUGUAGCAGGGGGUAGAAAGAGGCCAGGCCCCAUCCCCUUGUUAAUGACAGGCUCAAUGGGAAUAAGGGCUGGACUUUAGGACCCCCACCCCCUUUGGGGUCACAAUCCCACCCCCUUUGAGGACAUUAUCCCUGCACCCUGUGGGGUUAUGACUCCACUCCCUUGGGGUCACCCCCCACUUCCUUGGAAUCAUACCCCCACCACCUUUGGGAUCAUGCCUCCACACUCUUUGGGGUCACAGUUCUCAUCCCUUUGGGAUUAUAAUCCAUCCCCUUUUGGGGUCCCACCCUCAAGUGUUUGGGGUCACAAUCCCAUCCCCUUAGGGUCUUGUCUCCACCCCCUUUUGGGGUAAUGGGAUCCCAGGCCUUACCCCUUCCUCCUAUCUUCCCAGCCCCCCACCCCCUUACCAGGACCCAGUGCCCCCUAGAGGUGCUGCCCACCUAAAGCAGCCAGCUCCUGCCCCUGCCCCCCCACGAUAUGCACUUUAUCCCCUUCCCAGCUCGCUCGGCCAGAUGCAAACCUAAUAAUAAAUCAACUCAACCAAGUGCCUGCUGCGGAGAUCCCCUGGAUCUGGGGGGUUGUGGGGCGGGAUCUUGCUGUGGGAACCUAGGCGUCCAGCUCCCUCUCCCCUCGCUUCCCCCCUCCCACACACUGAUUUAUUGUUUUUUUUAGAGGACUCUAAUAUAUGAUAGCCUUUUAUACUGGGACCCCUUCCCACUGUGUUUUAGCCUCAACCCCUCAGCCCCACUCUGAUGGCUUGUUAAUGGACUUCUGGGCAUCCCAGUGGCUCCCAGUUAAGAGGGGGGUGGUCUCUUGGUUCUGACAGGUGGUUUCUAGGCUGCUGUAUCUGAGCCCCUCU